AUGAUCCUCGCGGUGGUCGGCGUGGCCGAGGUGAGAAACUGGCGUUGCUGCUGCCUCGGCAGCACCUGUUGGUGCCGAAGCCUCGUGCUGGUCUGCGUGCUGGCCGCCCUGUGCUUCGCUUCGCUGGCCCUGGUCCGCCGCUACCUGCAGCACCUCCUGCUCUGGGUGGAGAGCCUCGACUCGCUUCUCGGGGUCCUCCUCUUCGUCGUGGGCUUCAUCGCGGUCUCCUUCCCUUGCGGCUGGGGCUAUAUCUUACUCAACGUGGCCGCCGGCUACCUGUACGGCUUCGUGCUGGGCAUGGGACUGAUGAUGGUGGGCGUCCUCAUCGGCACCUUCAUCGCCCAUGUGGUCUGCAAGCGGCUGCUCACCGCCUGGGUGGCCGCCAAGAUCCAGAGCAGCGAGAAGCUGAGCGCCGUUAUUCGGGUCGUGGAGGGAGGCAGCGGCCUGAAAGUGGUGGCGCUGGCCAGACUGACCCCCAUACCUUUCGGGCUCCAGAAUGCAGUGUUUUCGAUUACUGAUCUCUCAUUACCCAACUAUCUGAUGGCAUCUUCACUUGGCUUACUUCCCACCCAGCUCCUGAAUUCCUACUUGGGCACCACCCUGCGCACGAUGGAAGAUGUCAUCGCAGAGCAGAGUGCCAGUGGGUAUUUUGUUUUCUGUUUACAGAUUAUUAUAAGUAUAGGCCUCAUGUUUUAUGUAGUUCAUCGAGCUCAAGUGGAAUUGAAUGCAGCUAUCGUAGCCUGUGAAAUGGAACUGAAAACCUCCCUGGUUAAAGGCAGUCAACCGAAUACCACUGGCUCUUCAUUCUACAACAAGAGGACCCUAACAUUUUCUGGAGGUGGCAUCAAUAUUGUAUGAUUCUUUCAAAAUGUAUGGUUGUCAAGAGCCUAGCGUGCUGUCCCAGGGCUGCCAGUCACUUGACUGGUGGGCAGAGACACGUUGUAAUUGGAUUAAUGGCACAGACAGAACUGACCACUUUUUAAAUUGCACAACUUUUUUAAGGCAAGAAUCAUUUUCUGGAUGUGUAAACGUAUGUAUAGAUCCAAUUUUGGCUGCACCUCUUUAAUCACUUAUCACGCUCGAAAUGGCCUAUAGGUCUGCACUUUAGUGUUUUUUAAUUAUUUUAUUUCUGGGUACUUAAGAACAGAGAAAUAACCCCAAUAUUUUUCUGCUUAGUGUCUUUAUUUAUAAAGUCCAUGAAUAAGUGUAUGCAUCUUUCCUACUUGUUAGGAUGUGUAAUUGUAUGCAAUUGUACGUAUGUGGUAUGAUUGGACGCGCUCUGCUUUGGUAGUCAUUUCAGGCAGGUAAACAGUGGCAUUGGCUUUGUUUUGUCAUUUUUAAGUGGGACCACUGUGCUUUCCUGUUUUCUCUCUAGUUGGAAAACACAGUAACUGUUGGUUGGAUGUGUUUUUUGUAAGUCAUCACAUUGUCGCAGGGCGUUUACACAUACACAAGCUUAUCUCCUACAUUGUGGGACUGAAGUGCUCUUAAGAUGCCUUUUUGUGUUCACUGUGUAAUAUGCAAAGCAAAAGGGAAGCGGUUACUUAAUGGGCGGUCAUCCCAUUGGGACACGUGUUCUAAUCCCAUUGGGACGCGUCACCCUCUCUAGGUCUGUCAUCAAGGGCUGUCCCGUCACAAUCUCACAGAACCCUUUAUUAGAGGAAACUCUCUUCCUUUUUGUAUUCAUAAUGAGGCUUUGAAAUAAAGAUGUUAGCCCUUUAAAAUGUGGACUUACUGUUAUUGAAGAUGUCACUCAGGUGGCCUUGUUUGAUCAAAACUUUUAUAAAAAAAUAUCAAGCUUUAAAAUCAUAUUUCUAAUUCCAUUGAGGUAUAUUAUACGUAGCCCCAUAGUCUUCAGCUUUAAAACUAUAAAUUAGUAUUAACUUAAUGCCUACAUUUGUGUUAUUUGCCCUAGUUUUGAGUGGGCUUUAUUUUGAAUUUUUGAGGGGGGAUUACUUGUGUUUCUCUGAUAAGACUCAGGAAUUCUGAAAUGUGAAACGAAGUGUCUCAGUUCUAUAGCUCUGAUAGCUUGAAUUGAGUGGAUUUAUUAAUAACUCAUAUAAGGACAAAAUAUAAUAAUUUGGCAUAAGAUUCAUGUAUCUCAUUUCAUUUAUCACCUUAUUUUUAAAAAUAGUUUUAUUGUGAACCUAAGGAUUAAGUAUCUAUUUUUUUUCCUAUGAAGAUUCCAACUUAUCAGAGACUGGACAUUUUCAUUAGGGUAAAAGUGUUUGCCCUCUUGGAAGCAGGUUAUCCUAGUCUUAUACUAGAGCUGCAUUCGACCAUUUCAGCGCCUCAUUUCUUUGCCCGAUUGUAGACACACUUGCUUUUUGUUUGUUUGUUUGUUUGUUUUCCUUUCCUCCACCUUGGAGUCAAGUUUGUUUAUGUGUCCAGACCAAGAAGCCCUCACUGUAAAUGCUUUGAGAGAGACCUGGGUUUGUACCACAUAAUCGACCUCCAAAAAUUUCCUUGCAUUAUCGAUGGGGGAAUAUAUAUAUAUAAUUAGAAUAUCUAUCUUCUAUUGGAUCCUAAAAAAUUAUUUUAGUUUAAAAUCCCAGUGAACAAUAUAUUUGAUUGAUUCUUUUCUGUCCAAUUUCACAUUUCUGUUGUUGCUGUCUGCUUUUUGUUUGUUGAUUCAUUUUUGUUAAAAGUCUCCUUAAUUUAAGAUAAUUUGUUUUCCCAUUGCUUUAUACUUUAUGUAUUUUGAAGUGCAUUUAUUUACUUAGCAUUUUAUAACUUGAAUAAUCUCACCAAAUGAAUAUGUUCUGCUAGUUUGUACUGAGUUCUUCCAAUUGUUACACGUCGCUUGAUAUUUGUAAUAAAUAUUUAUCUAAAGGUUAA